UUUCGAACAAAGAGCCCAAGAAAAAAUUGAAAAUUGUGAAAUUAAAGCCAUUAAAAAAGCGCACAUGUGGGCUUAAAUAUUUCCCAAUACUCGCAAAGAUCAUUAAACAAAGACUCUCGUGCACAUUUUGGUUUUUGGGCCUGGCCGAGUAACCUUUUCCAUACGAAGCGUUGAACCUGCCCGCAACCUGUUGCUGGCAUUUGUGGACACUUUACCCCAAGCGGAUGGCAAUCACACUCGCAGAGCAAAGAGACCUGCUCCGUGCACCGUGUGUACACCACAAUUAUCUCAUUUAAAUAAGAUGCGCUAAAGGGUUGCGGCAGGCGGCCACAGCAACAGCAGCAGCGCAGGGAUAUACACCCGAAAUUCUAAACAUAUCUUUGAGGAGUGGUUCCCCAUAUUUCAUGGCCAUGCAGGAUAUAAGGCUACGCCUGGAACCGCAGCUCAGUACAGUCACAGCCACAUUCACAUCGUCCUCGUCCUCAGCCUCCUCCUCCACAUCAUCCUCAUCGAACACGGCUGAGACGACGCUGAUUGAGACGGCCCAGAAGUCGCCCAUUGCAGCCGAGCAGAUCUUCAGUGAGGCAGCUGCUGGAGCAGGGACAGGAACGACCACAGUGAAUACAUCUCCGCAGCAUUAUUUCCAUCAUCAUCAUCAUCCGCACCAGCAUCCACGCCCGCAGCAGCAGCAACAGCAACAGCAGCACACGCACUCUCAUCCGCAUCCGCAUCCGCACCAUCCGAGACGCCACGUGGAGCAGCUGCAGCUGGUGCACAGCCACCACAAUGCCCAAGAGCUGCCCGAGCAGGAGCACCAGCAUCAGCUGCAACUGCCGCGCUCCCCCAGCUCCGAGGAGGAUAAUUCACCCACAGAAAUGAAUAAUUGCCGUCGUUUGGUUGAUAAACCGCCGCUGGUGAAGCGCCUCACCAUGGGCAUUGGCCUGCUCAGGGGCACCGAGGACAGCCGCCCACUGGUGCACAACACAUGCGGCUCCUCCCUGAACUCGGGCUCGUCGCAGACCAUUUCGGAUGGCUAUGUGAACGAGGCCAUCUGCGAGCCGGACAAGUAUGUGGCCAGCAAAUUUGGUGACUCGUGUCGCCAAUCGCUCACCGCCCUGGAAACGGCCACCCAGCGCCUGCAGGUGGAGCUGCCCAACAACAAGAAGUAUUUGCGAGAGACAUGCAGCGCUAAUUCCAGUCCGAAACUGUUUGCCGCCAAUGGAUCACUGCGUCUGGAUAAUCUCAGUCUAGCCGAGCAGCAGGAGCUUAAGGGUGCCGCCUGGUUUCAGGCGGGCAUUCCGCGCGAGAUCUCACUGGAGGUGCUCUCCCGCCAGAGUCCCGGCGCCUUUCUGGUGCGCCAGAGCAGCACCAAGCCAGGCUGCUUUGCUCUGUCGCUGCGUGUGCCGCCGCCAUCACCGCGAGUGGCCCACUAUCUGAUCCUCAGGACACAGCGGGGCUACAAAAUCAAGGGCUUUACCAAGGAGUUUAGUUCGCUGAAAGCCCUGAUCACCCAUCACUCGGUGAUGCCGGAGCUGCUGCCCGUGCCGCUGACGCUGCCCCGACCGGCGCACGUGCGUUCCCACGCCCAGACACAGGCACAGGUGUAUGGCAGUGGCGGUGGCGGCGGUGGCGGGGACUUUGAAAUGUACGGCUCGCUGAAUGAUUUUCGCAACAUGAUGGCCGAUUUGAAUGUGUGACCGUUGGGCGCACUUAAUUAAUUAAGUAAUUAUGUCACGUUGAUUGAAUUAAGCCGCCUGGCUUGUCAUAUUGUCCGGGGUCGCGACGAGUUGUGGGAUGCGGGAUACGGUCCUGUCUGGACAGGAUAACAAUCUGUUUAAUUUGCGUAAUUGGCUGUGCUGACGGUUGACGUGGCUACCAAUGAAUGGGCUUGGGACUGGGACUGAGCCUGGGCUGAUGUCGCUGCCGAUCCAUCUGUCCGCCAGGUGCUACAAAAAUUUGCAAAAAAUGUUAUGAAAAUUGAUAAUAAAAUCAGCCACCGAGCGGCGUGGGCGGACCUGUGGUCACGGCUGGGCAGUUGGCAAAAUAGGGAUAGGGAUUGGGGACUGGGGUGCGGGUACUCAUGUAAGCGAACACACAAACAAAUAAAAAGAAUGUGCUCAAAUCAUUUUUAUGAAAUGAUUUUAUGAUUAAAAAAGUUUAAAAAAAAUAUGCAAUAUGCAAACAGAA